UAGGGACUGAAAACCAAGUGAGGAGAUGAUUUUUACCUGAAGGCCUCGGCCUUUCCCAAAAGCCUGGCUUGGAUUUGAUAAUUUUUUCCCAAUGCUGUGGCUGAGAGCUGCAAUUGGGAUGUGCAGUCUGAGUGAGUACAGUGUUUUUAAUUUCUGAGAAUAAACCAGAACCCUUCAAUUAGCUACGCUGAAGCAAUUUUUUCCUUAACUUUUAGCCCAAUGUGGUGAAACCAAGUGGAUGAAAUUUCAAAAUCUCCAUUGAAAUAACUUCCGCUGACUGUGUUUAACAUGUAAGGCAUACAACUGUGGCAUGAACUGAGCACAUUGUCAUGUGAUAGCCUUUUAAUACACUGCCUGAUUAUAACUUCCAUCGUCCUGACAGCAUUUGGGAAGAGAGGCGCUGGAAAGAGAAAACGAAGUCACCAUAUUGUCUGCUCCUGGUCACUGUCCAGGAUCCGUGCUGGAAACAGAUGGUAUGUGUCUGUCAAGUGAGGAAAAGGAAAGGACUUAUGCCUUAUUCCCCCACACAGGCAAUAGCAGACUGCCACUCACUGUGGAAUAGUCUCGAAACUAAGGAGUCAGAAGAAUUGCACCAUAUUACACCAGAGAAUAAAGAGAUGAUAGAUACCACAGAUAGAUCCUGACCAUCACCCAUGAAACAACUGCAAAACUGUAGAGAUACGUUGAGUUCCUUUGAAGCAUUGCUCAACACAAAGAAGGUUGGACAGUGGAACCAUCAUCUGGAAAUCGGUCAGGUCAGGGAGCUUUGAUGCUCAUCAGAUCUGAAACUGGUCAGUGGUGUUGAGCCUUCCAUCAGGACCAACCUUUCUCAAGGUUCGGCUUGGGUGAUCGGUCAGGGUGAGGCUGGGAAGAAGUGUGAGUGGCUCCAAGUGUGGUGAGAGCUUCAGUCAUUCAUUGAGCCUCAUGAACCACUGGCUCACUCCUAAAGGUGAGAUACUGUUAAAGUGUGAGGUGUAUGCAGAGUGCUCUAUGGGCUCAUAAAGAUCUCCUGAAACACAAGGUGUAUCUGUUGUACAGCUACAUGGAAAAGGAACAUUUCAAGUGUCAAGUGUGUGACUAAGUCUUUGCACAAUUAGCAAUGAUCCAGAAACACCAACACUUUCACACUGCGGAGAAGCUAUUCACGUAUGAGAUGUGUGAUAAAGCAUUCACACGGUCAUCAAGCCUCAAGGUCCAUCGGACAGUCCAUACAGGGGAGAAACCCUUUAAGUGUAUGGUUUGCAGUAAAACCUUUGCGACAUCUACAAGGCUGCUAAUGCAUCGAACGAUUCAUACAGGGGAGAAGCUGUUCACAUGCAAUGUGUGCAACAAAUCAUUCUUAAACUCAUCUGACUUUCGUGUGCACCAACAUUUUCACACAGGAGAGAAACCAUUCUCAUGUGAGCUCUGUGACAAAUCUUUCUCAGGCUUAUCAACCCUCCGUAGACACCAGCGGAUUCACACAGGGGAGAAACCAUUCAUAUGUGAGGUGUGCAAAAAAUCAUUCUCACGGUUAACGAACCUGCAGAUCCACCAACGCAUUCACACAGGGGAGAAGCCAUUCACAUGUGAGGUGUGUGACAAAACAUUCUCACGCUCAGGAACCCUGCGCAAACAUCAACUUAUUCACACGGACGAAAAACCCUUCCCAUGCGAAUUGUGUGACAAAUCAUUCUUGCAGUUAACCAGCCUCCAGAUCCACCAACGCAUUCACACUGGGGAGAAACCAUUCACAUGUGAAGUAUGUGACAAGUCGUUCUCAGCCUCAUCAACCCUCCUAGUACACAGCCGUAUUCACACAGGGGUGAAGCCGUUCACAUGUGAGGUGUGUGACAAAUCAUUCACACGCUCAGGAACACUGAGUAAACAUCAAUUUAUUCACACGGGUGAGAAACCCUUCCCAUGCGAAUUGUGUGACAAAUCAUACUUGAAGUUAACCAGUCUCCAGAUCCACCAACGCAUUCACACUGGGGAGAAACCAUUCACAUGUGAAGUAUGUGACAAGUCGUUCUCAGCCUCAUCAACCCUCCUAGUACACAGCCGCAUUCACACAGGGGAGAAGCCGUUCACAUGUGAGGUGUGUGACAAGUCGUUCUCAGACUCAUCAACCCUCCGCAAACACAGCCGUAUUCACACAGGGGAGAAGCCGUUCACAUGUGAGGAAUGUGACCAAUCAUUCUUGGAUUCAUCAACCCUCCGCAGGCAUCAACACACCCACACAGGGAAGAAACUAUUCAGAUGUGAGGUUUGCAGUAAAGCUUUUGUAACAUCAACAAGUCUUCUAAUACAUCAGAGGAUCCACACAGGGGAAAAACCAUUUCGGUGUAAAUUGUGUGACAAGUCAUUCUUGUGGCCCUCAAACCUCCUUCGACACCAAUGCAUUCACAUGAGGGAGAAACCAUUCAGGUGCAAGGUGUGCAACAAAGCCUUCGCACAAUCAUCGAGCCUCCUGGUCCAUCAGAUAAUUCACACAGGGGAGAAACCCUUCAGGUGUGAGGUGUGCGUUAAAUCAUUCUCACGGCUAUCGAGCCUCCACCGACACCAGCGCAUUCAUACAGGGGAGAAACCAUUCAAGUGUGAGGUGUGUGCCAAAUUGUUUUCACAGUCAUCGCACAUCUGCAAACACCAACGUGUUCACAUGGUAGAAACCACUUAAGAGCAUGGUGUGGAACAAUUCAUUCCCCUCUAUGUAUACCAACGUUCACAUAGUGGAAAAAACAUACAUGUGUGAGGUUUGAGAUAAAGCUUUGUGACAUCUUUGACACUCCUGAAGGACCAGAGCACUCACUGAGUGGAAAAAAAAAAUCAAGUGUGAGCUUUGUCUUUCAUCAAAUCCUCUGCACUCCUGAUACAUUAGUGGAUUCACAAAAGGGAGAAACCCUUCAAGAGUGAGGUGUACAACAACUCCUUCUGACACUCAUCGAUUUUCCACACAUAUCAACACAUUCACAUGACGGAAAAGCUGCUCAAGUGUGAUAAAUCAUUUUCAAAGUUUUGGAACCUCCAGUCCAAUGCGGAGAUUUGCACAGAGAAAGAUUCUUCAGGUGUAUUGUUUCUGACAAACCUGUCAGCUCUUUCUUUCACCUCUUGAAGGAACAUCCAUCCAUCCUGGUAACAAACCAUUCAUGUGUGAAGUGUGUGAUAAGGCUUUCGCAUCGGCAUGUCUUCUGAUCCAUCAACACGUUCACACAGGGGAGAAGCCCUGUCAGUGAAUUCUGUGAUACAGUUGUCAGACCUCCUGGAAUAUCAGUGAACCUACAUGGCAGAGUAGCUUUUCCAAUGUGACUUGUGGCAAGAUUGUUUCACCUCUUCCUUCCCUCUCCAAAUGGACUCAGAGCUGGGUCAACUGCUUACUGAGGGCUGUCUGUGUUGUUUCCCCUCCAGUACUCACACAGAGAGAGCUGCCGUUCCAAAGCACUGUCUGUCUCAGCAGGGUCUGUCUCAAGCCUCUCCCACCAUCAGUCUCAUUGAUUCAAGAAGGUCAUAGUAAUCUUUGACCCAAUCACCAAACAUCACCAAAAGAAGACAUCUGUACAUAUACAAGUUCUUGCUUCUGCAGAAGCCAUUGUGUCUUGAGAAUGGUAGUAGAACUAGUGAAGAAAGAAAUAGAGAGAAAAAGAUCAGAGGGAAUGUGCAGAUGAGAAGUACAGAAUGAGAUAGAGAGAGGAGUGGAAUAGAGACAGACAUUGAGGAAGUUUGGAAGUGGUGGGGAUGUGGUUUGGGGCAGGACAGAAAGAGAGAGAGAGAGAGAAGCUAUGACCAACAUUCAAAAAUACUCACUUUACACAUUUACAGUGUAAUUUAUUUAAUUAUGAUUUUGCAACUUUUUUUUAAUGUUAGUCCAUUAUUUGGUAAAUUAUGUUGUGAGUAAAGCUUAAUGUAGAGAGGUUUGGGGUAGAGAGAAGAAAACCUGUUCUGGAGUAUGUCCAAUUUUGUUCUGUCCCCCUUAUGAUUUUCUUUCAAUGUCUCUGCUACAGAAGUGUCUGUCUGAGGAUCGGCUUUUUCUGACUGUCUGUGUUAGGGUGACCUUUGAUGUGUCGAAGAGGCCUACAUUCCAGGAAACUGCUGCUUCCAGACUAGUUUGAUUUCUCAAAUUUCUUCAAACUUCAGCUCUAAGGAGCCCCUAAAAAUAGAAACAUGGCCUUUGAGUAAAUCUCAAAUAGAGACCUCAGUAUUUUGACCACGGUUAGGUAGGGAAAUAGGGAUAGACGUGACAGAGAUAGGAAGGGUUUGAGGCCAUGGGGCAAUUUGUAUCUGAGCAUCUGGCCCGUUAUCUGUGACCAAAGACUCUGGGAGUCUAUGUAUUGCAAAAGCUGCAUGCAGCUUUUCUAUUGUCAUCCCAAUGUUUAAGAAAUUAACAUUUUGCAUGGCCAGUAUGGAAAAUAAAGAGCAUGAAAGCAUGGGAAGGGUUAAAGCAUGAAGACCACUGGCAAUCUGUGGUCUGUGGAA